GCCAGUGAAGCAGCCAGGCUGCCGAGCGAGCCAGGGUUUGGGGUCAGGAACCGGUCUGACAACAGAAUGGCAAUGCUACGCGCGGACUGUCACUAGGGCUUCACAUUACCGGAAUGAACCCUACAGAACCUUGGAUCAAAAGGCUAUUCGUAGAGGGAAAGCAUGUCAAGAUAUAUUCAAGGACAUUGUGAGUGCCGCUAAAGAUGUCCGAUAGUGUGGAUAUAGAAGAGAAACCGCCAGCCCCGCCCCUGAGAAUGAACAGCAACAACAGAGACUCUUCCUCAGUGAAUCACAGCUCCAAACCCCUCCCAAUGGCUCCAGAGGAAAAGAACAAGAAGGCCCGUCUACGCUCUAUCUUUCCAGGGGGUGACAAGACCAAUAAGAAGAAGGAAAAGGAACGCCCAGAGAUCUCGUUGCCCUCUGACUUUGAGCACACCAUACAUGUGGGCUUCGAUGCAGUCACGGGGGAGUUCACUGGGAUCCCAGAGCAGUGGGCCCGGCUGCUGCAGACCUCCAACAUCACCAAGCUGGAGCAGAAGAAGAACCCCCAGGCUGUGCUGGAUGUUCUCAAGUUCUACGACUCCAAAGAGACAGUCAACAACCAGAAGUACAUGAGCUUCACUUCUGGAGACAAAUCAGCACAUGGUUAUGUAGCACCCAAUGCUCUGGGAGCAAAGACAGCAUCUGAGCCACCGCUGGCACCCCCUGUGUCAGAGGAGGAAGAGGAGGAUGAGGAUGAGGAUGAAGAUGAUGAUGAUGACAAUGAGCUGCCCCCAGUUAUCGCACCACGACCGGAGCACACUAAAUCUAUCUACACUCGCUCAGUGAUUGAGCCGGCCACACCCCUCGCGCCUGUGAAGGAGGUGACCACCCCUCCUGAAUCACUGCCUGAAGAGAACGUGUCCAGCGCCCUGUAUCGACACACCGACCGCCAGAAGAAGAAGUCUAAGAUGACCGACGAGGAGAUCCUGGAGCGGCUGAGAAGCAUUGUGAGUGUGGGGGACCCGAAAAAGAAGUACACACGUUUCGAGAAAAUAGGACAAGGAGCCUCUGGGACUGUGUACACUGCCAUUGACAUUGCUACAGGACAGGAGGUGGCCAUAAAGCAGAUGAACCUGCAGCAGCAGCCCAAGAAGGAGCUCAUCAUCAAUGAGAUCCUGGUGAUGAGGGAAAACAAGAACUCCAACAUCGUCAACUACCUGGACAGUUACCUGGUGGGGGACGAGCUGUGGGUGGUGAUGGAGUAUCUGGCUGGAGGCUCCCUGACAGACGUGGUGACCGAGACCUGCAUGGACGAGGGCCAGAUUGCCGCAGUCUGUAGAGAGUGUCUCCAGGCUCUGGACUUCCUGCACUCCAACCAGGUGAUACACAGGGACAUCAAAAGUGACAACAUUCUUCUGGGAAUGGACGGGUCUGUUAAACUGACGGAUUUUGGCUUCUGCGCCCAGAUCACCCCGGAACAGAACAAGCGGAGCACCAUGGUGGGGACCCCGUACUGGAUGGCCCCCGAGGUUGUGACCCGCAAGGCCUAUGGCCCCAAGGUGGACAUCUGGUCACUGGGCAUCAUGGCCAUCGAGAUGGUGGAGGGGGAGCCCCCCUACCUCAACGAGAACCCACUCAGGGCCCUGUACCUGAUUGCUACCAACGGGACACCAGAACUCCAGAACCCCGAGAGGCUGUCCACUGUGUUCCGUGACUUCCUCAACCGUUGCCUGGAGAUGGAUGUGGACAGGAGGGGCUCGGCCAAGGAGCUUCUGCAGCACCCGUUUCUGAAGUUGGCCAAACCCCUGUCCAGCCUGACUCCACUAAUUGUGGCUGCAAAGGAGGCCAUCAAGAACAGCAGUCGCUAAGGGGAAGGGCCACAGCCGUCCUCGGAGACAACCCGGAGUGCUCGGACCUGUUUCACCUCCCGGGGUGGGAGGUGAGGGGGGUCGUUGUGCUGACGGGACCCCUCUUUAGUCUUUCUAAGCGCUCUGGAAAUACACCAUCUUUCAGAACUGGGAGGCUGGCUUUGAAAACCCUGCCCACUAACACGACUGAAAAAAAACUUUCAUUUCCCAGAAGUUCUCUGGAUCCGGGAAAUGAUUCUAGAGAGGAAAUGGGAAAAGCUGACGAUGGGAAAAAACCUCCUUCCGUCCCCACCCUCUCAGGCCACAGGAUCAGUUAUGAGUGAACCACAGCCAGACCGCACGAAACACUCGUUAGAAAAUGUGGAUCGCUAGUGCUGAACGUGUUACCAUGACAACUCUGGACCUGCAAUCUAACUGCAUGACCAUGUCCUGGUGGCUCCAUAUAACGGACCAGAUCAUAUCUGCUGUUCUGAGAUUGAUGGACAUCAUGUUUGUGUGUUUGCGUUUGUGUGUGGGUGUUAAAGUGGCCUAACUCCUUUCAAAGAGUUCAGAGUUUUGCCUGUUUUAUUGAGAGAUGAUAUGUUAUCAAGGCAACAGACAGAAACCUGAAGGUUAUAAUUGUACAGCGUGUGGUAAGCUAGUCCUGCAUUUAAAAAGGAUGUGACAGGACUGCACCUAAGCUAAGCUAAUGUUUACUGCUAACUACAAAAUUCCUAAGUCCACUCAAAGUACCUCUUGCCAGCAUACAGUGGAAUAGGUUUCUGUUGAUCUUACAAAGAGAUAAAACCAUGAACAUUUUCUUUUCCAACUAGGAAACACAUGAAUCUUAAAGGAGGUCCUAUGUGCAUUAUUAUAAGCCAUGUGUUCAAACUGGUGAGUUCCAUGACUGGAUGAGGGGUGCGUGCCCUGUGAAUAUGCCUAUCUCUCUCUGUUAAAUAUGUAUAAACUUUUUACAAGGGGUGCUGUUUUUCAAAGAACUCGAGUUACAAUUUUCUGUCUGGGUAGCUUGUUGUUCCUUGAGGUUACAUUGGGAAAUCUAAAGAGUCACUGUUUUUUAAGGGUUAAUUUCAGAUUCGAAGGUACUGAGAAGUGAUUACGUGUCCUGUUGUGAUUGUACCCUUAUUUUAUGUGUCACAGAGGAGCGCUGAAGUUGUUACCUGCUUAAAUUCGGUCAUUUUUAAAUUUCUAAUUUUUUUUUAUGGAAGUUUGAGUGAACACCAUAGCAAGGCAAAACUACUGGAUUGGAUUAAGGAAGACCACAACUCAAAGUCUUUAAUAUUUAUCCACAGUUUGUACCAAUUGGUAAUGCUGGUUCUUCUCUAAAACAAAGAUUGCCCUGUAAUCUGUAACAUCUGUUCCUUCAGUUAGAUAGCAGUUUUGUCAGUUGAAUGUAGAAGGGACCCUUAGAGCAGCUGAAAACCUCUCCGCAGGUAUGUGUGCAAGCUGAGGACUGAGAGCGGUUAUGCAGGAGUUCACUUAAUAACGCACAACAUCUGGCCCUAUGCGUUUGCGCACUAUACAGCCAUUCUACGCUUGUUCACGCUUGUUCUUGCUGGUCUGCCCUUGUGAGCCCGAAAGGUGGGGUUCACUCAUGUCACUCAUGAGUGAGCUUGGUUUGCGCACCCAUCCACUGAGAGAUAGCACAUCGUCUUGGAAGCUACCUCAACCAGCCCCAAACGCCACUGCAACAGGUCUGCAGCAGUCCUCCAGGCCUGAUUUGGGGCUGGUGCGUACCCCUGCCACACAGCAGUGGCCAGGGACCACAAGGCCAUGGACAUGAGUCCCGCUCCACCCAUGGCUCCAUGCUCACAGGUAACUCCGUGAUGGUUACUACUCCUGUGUAAGAGUAAGAGUACAGUUUUCAUAUGAACAAAUGUAGUUAGUACCUGUUUCAAAGACUCGACUGUACUUGACUGUUGAGUUGACUCAACUUCAGCUGUAAGCGUCACACAGCUCUGCGGUAAGUUUGUAUUUGGAGACAUUUUGCCCCACUCUAUAGUUUAUAAGAAGCACUGUCAGAUCCCCUUGUUCAGGAGCAUCUGUAGGCUUUGUGUUAGGAGAGGAGAGCAGCCUUCUGUAAUAUGAGCAGUUAGCCCUCCGGAACUGUGAUAGGGAGUCCACUCACAUGCAAGGAGUGGUCUACUGUGGGCCAAUGAGGUCACUCCGCGGGGCACACAACCGUCAUUCCCUGAGGCCCUGAGGUUCUCCUGUGCGGUCCCGUUUCUCCACACCUUCACCAGUCAGCUUAACAUGAACAUGAAGUUCCUCUCCAAACGCACAUAUAGAGAAGCUAAGAAAAAAAAGAUAAUCUUUCUAAAUUAUUUUAACUUGACAAAAACAACCUUGGCAGAUUUUGUUUUCACUUCUUUUCUAUUUAAAAAAAAGAACAAAACAGUGUGAAAGGCAGAAAAAAAACUUGUUUUCGAUAAGCUAUUUUUAAAUGUGGUUGAAGCAAUAGAAUUUUUGGAAUUGUGCAUGGCUGUGUCUUGAGUGUAAUAAAACAAGAAAAAAACCUGCAGUUUUGAAA